GUAUCGUCGAUUCAGUUAACGAGCGUCCGCUUGUGAGUUACGAUCGUUGUUGCGGUGUUGUUUUCUUCUCAGUACUUGGUUAUCUGCUACUCUAUCGAUAUCGUAGCAUGUGCCCACCAGUUCAGAAUCACGUAUACGUUUACCUGCCGCACCACCAGCCCCAUAAUAAACUCGUCUCCUACGGCUACCGUUAGGGUUGCCACAUCAGUUUCUCCACAAUAAUCCGCAACACCUACCGUGUACACCGAUUGAAUUUCGCUCUCCGAAACAGGAUCACCGAUCAGGCUGUAGCUUAAACGUUCGGGUCUCCAUUCGACGUGUACAGUGAUAGCAUGAUUUUUUCUUGGAUAUUUCAGUGAAAUUGUUCGCUCAUUUUCUGAGUGAGUUCGCACGUGGUGAAUGUAGUGUAUACACACGCGCGUCACAUCGAGCCACAUAUUUACCAUCCCGGUAUUAUUGGUGCUACAUUUGAACGUAAACGGGGCACAGAAACCAAGGAAGAAGGAACAGUACGAAGCAGGCUAACGAAAAAAGAAUCGAUCGAGUGAACGGAUCGGAACGGAAAGAUCGGGGACAAGAUACGAAAUUGCGAGAGCUGCCGAACAGCAAAGAAAGAAAGAGAUCGAUAGAAGAAGGGAGAAAGACAGCAAUAGAAAUCUCAUUUCGCCGAGUAACUAGCCACGAGCAAGAUGAGCUGCUGUACGAGUGCUCCGAUUGUAACCCAGACCUGUGAGACUCUUUUGAGCAAAUGCGAAAUACCGAUCAUCGACCUCGCUCACAUGGGGACUGCGAGAUGUCCUCAGAAGGGUGUCGUGAAACAAGUGGCUUCGAAGCUGGUAAGGGCGCUGUCCGAGAAAGGACUGGCCUUGCUCGUCAACCACGGCAUUCCGGAAUGCAAGAUGAAGGCCGCUUACAGAGCUUUCGAUUCCUUUUGCGAGCUACCAGAAGAAGUUCGGAACAAAUACGAGCGGGCUUCGUCGGGCAAUCACGGAUACGUGAAACCAGGACCAUCCCAAUAUACUGAUGAGAAAGAAGCUCGUCAUGUUUUCAAUGUGACCGGAUGCGGGGGUACUCUUCCGGACGAGGAGGUGUCCGGCUUCAGAUCAGCGGUCGAUGAACUUGCUCGUGAUUUCAAGCAACUAUCCGCCAUGCUUUUAACCGCUCUGGCCGUGGGCCUAGAGCAAUCCCAUGAUUUCCUGCUCUCGAAGCAUUCACACAUGCUGGGACCUGGUAACAAGACGACCCUCCGUCUGCUUUACUAUCCACCUCUCGGUGCACCAGUACCAGGAUUGGCUCGUUGUGGCGCGCAUUGCGAUUACGGCACUUUCACUUUGUUGGCACAAGAUUGUGAAGGUGGUCUGGAAAUACAAACUCCAUACGGAGAACGAUGGGGAAGAGUCGGUCAUCUUCCUGGUGCUAUUUUGGUGAAUACUGGUGAUAUUUUAGCGAAUUGGACCAACAAUCAACUUCCAGCAUUAAGACACCGUGUUGUUGUACCGGAACUCUGUGGCCGGGGUCGCCAUUCCAUUGCAUUCUUCGUACAUCCGGACGACAAUAUCCCCAUCGAGCCUUUGGAUACAAAAAUUGCAAUGGCUAAUCAAGAAUCAGCACCGUGUCGUUUACAAAAAAAAAAACGCGGCGUUCUGAACGCGUACCAUCAUCUUCAACGUCGUCUUCGUGAAACUUACGCCUCUUAACGAAGGCGAUUGUAUUUUUAUAUUUUUAAAUCAGGAUAUCAAGGCUACAGAUUAAAAAAAACUUCUAAUUUUUAACUUCAUAACAAUGAUAGAUAUAAAAAUUUGAUUUCUGAAAAUGAAACAUUUUUAAAUUAGUACAAUCAAUCAUUAACAAUGAUAUGAUGAUUCGUAUAUUCGUUUAAAUCAAUAAAAUGUAAAGACCACAGUACUGCAUCACAAAGGUAAUAAUAAAGAAAUUUGUACUUACACUUUGUAAA